CACUUCCACACUCUGACAUUGGACCAUGUGAGCGCAGGCUGAAUCCUGGACAAGCUUCACUGUCUGGACUCACGGACUUCAUCCCAGCACACCUGUUGGAAUGUUGCGAUUUACUUUGGAAGAAAACAAAUAAGUCAUGAGGGGUUUUUUCCAUUUUUGAUUUUCCAGGGAAUGAGUAGAUCAAAAAGACAUUUUUGGACCAGUAUCCAGGACAACCUCCAGGCGCGUCACUUGACGCAUUUACCGGACAGCGGUCGAGUCAUUGGUGUUUUUUUUUUUUUGUUUGUUUGUUUUUUUUUGGGGGGGUGACUCACUGGACGAGACAACAUGCUGCAGGAUGGCAACUGUAAAGAAAAGCCGCCGCGUGCGCCCAUCGCUGAAGCCGAGCACGACUCACCGUCCGGUGACGGCCAAACACAGCCACCACCGGCCGCUACCGCCGCCGCCUCGGCCACCGAGGGGGACACGCUAUUCCCUUUGCCUGGAAACGCCAGACUAGACAUCAAAAGACACGCAGUGACAGACGAGUAUAAAAUAUCCAGUCAAGUUUUGGGUUUGGGAAUCAAUGGCAAAGUUCUGGAGUGCUUCAACAAGAAGACUGGACAGAAGUGCGCUCUCAAGAUCCUAUACGACAGCCCGAAAGCGAGACGGGAGGUGGAGCUUCAUUGGAGGGUGUCUGGCGGGCCGCAUAUUGUCCGAAUCCUCAGCCUUUAUGAGAACAUGUAUCAUGGGAAGAAGUGCCUGCUCAUCAUCAUGGAGUGUAUGGAAGGAGGCGAGCUGUUCAGCCGCAUCCAAGCCAGAGGAGACCAGGCUUUCACAGAGAAAGAGGCGUCUGAAAUUAUGAGAGACAUUGGCACAGCCAUUGAGUUCCUGCAUAGUAUUAACAUUGCUCACAGAGAUAUCAAGCCUGAAAAUCUACUGUACACCUCCAAGCACAGAAAUGGAGUCCUCAAGCUAACGGACUUUGGCUUCGCAAAAGAGACCACACAGCACAACCCUCUCCAGACUCCCUGCUACACACCAUAUUAUGUGGCACCGGAGGUUUUGGGUCCGGAGAAAUAUGACAAGUCAUGUGACAUGUGGUCCCUGGGAGUCAUCAUGUACAUCCUGUUGUGCGGGUUCCCUCCGUUUUAUUCCAACACGGGUCAAGCUAUUUCACCAGGGAUGAAGAGGCGGAUCAGGAUGGGUCAAUAUGAAUUUCCCAACCCAGAGUGGGCUGAUGUGUCACAUGAAGGCAAAGGUUUGAUUCACCUGCUGCUGAAGACAGACCCCAAUGAGAGAAUGACCAUCAGCCAGUUUAUGAAACACCCUUGGAUCAGCCAAUCAAUGGUGGUCCCUUCCACGCCGCUGCACACCACCCGAGUGCUGACUGAGGACAAAGAGAUGUGGGAAGAAGUGAAGGAGGAGAUGACAAGCGCUUUGGCAACCAUGCGUGUCGACUAUGACCAGGUGAAAAUCAAGGACCUGGACACGUCCAGUAACCCCCUUCUCAACAAGAGACGCAAGAAAGCUGCUGCGGGGGCCAAGGGUGGCUCUACUGUCUGCCAAAGUCAGUGAGGGUGGAGGCCAACAAUUUCGCAAUUCAAUGAAGGAGAAAGACGUUCAUGGUACUGUUUUUGAUUGACAAGUGAAGAGAUUUGGACAAAGAAACAACAAAGUUAUCAAAAUAACAGCACAUAAAUGGGCCCGACUGUACCUUUUUCUCUAUGUGUUUGUAAAAGUUUUUUUAUGACAUUUUUAGAUCCUGCCCCUUUGUUUGAGUGACAGUAUGCAAGUAUGAGCGCUGUUUGUUGCCAAAAUCUGAGGUCUGUUUUUCAAGCUUGCACUAAACUGAUUAUCGCACAUUUACAGGGAAAGGUUGUAUAUUUUAGGGUUCUACCAACAUUUUUUUUUAAAGUUCAACAAAGGUUCCCUUGAUAUGCAAAGGAACACCUCCACAAAUUUUAAUUGUUGUACUUUUUCUUUGGCUUUUUUUUUGUCCUUAGAUUAUCAAUAUCAUAGAAAAAAAAUGCAAAAUGGUCCCAGCGAUGAGGAAAAGUUGAAGUAAAAACAAAACGUUCUGUGUUCAGUACCUAUCUAUUCGUUUCCUACUCUGCUUAUCCUUGUUAGGGUAAGCCACAGCCUAUCCUGGCAGACUUUGGGCGAAAGGUAGGGUACACCCAGGAGGGGUCGCGUACCAUCUGCAGCGCACAUACAGACAAACAUUCACACCUACAGAAAAGCAGUAGUUCUUUGGUUCAAUAGAACACCAGCUAUUUGGUGAGUCCAAUCUGGGGUUCUGCUGAAGUCAAGACAUGUCCGUGAGUGUUUGCGUGUGUGCGUAAAGGCCUGCACAUUGCAGAGCUCAAGGAGGUAUUUGCAAACCCAUUCAUUGUAUAUGUGCUGCGGGGCCACGACGACGUUCAAAAUACACAAUUGCAGUCUUCGUGUCGCCCCUCGAAUUGAUUAUUCAUUUAUUUUUUUUUUUUACCUCGGGGACGGUGUCACUGUGAUGUCAGAAGUCGGGUUAGCCGGAUGAUUUCACAGUUCUCAGCAUAAGACCGACAUAUAUGAAUAUCCCGCACAAUGUGCAGACACCCUUGUUAGUUUGGGUUUUGGUGCCAUCCACAAACAUGAAAUCCGCUGACACUUUGCCCCCACUAGUUUGGCGUCACAUUACAGCACUCCAGGUCAGAGGGCCAUGUUGUAUCUACUUAUUGUCCCACCUGUGAAUACACCAAGCGGCGGCUAACGCAUCCAACUUCCUGGGAGGCUGCUGGUGGGGGAGAGACGGGUGCUGUAUUUACAAAUCUUGUGUUUUUAUAUUAAAUAUUUUAACCAAGUACUGUAUGGUCAUACACUUUUCUAGGAUGUUUAAAAAGCGCAUGCAUUUAAGAAAAAAUUGGGGGGUGAGAUUUGAGUCAUCGGGCCCAAAACGCAGUAAAUUUUUGCAGAGUUAUGUUUUUGUGUUUUGUGUGAAGUUCAUGUUUUGUUUUUGUUCUUUGAGCACACUGAUUUUGUAUGUAGCUGAUGCAUGUUUCAUUUUGUGCACUAAUAAAAUCUAUCUGGUUUGA